GUGGCCCUCAAACGAUCAUGAAAUCUACGGCGGCAGGAGUAGCUUUGCUACUUCUAGUGCUAAAUCACUCAAGUGAUGCUUAUACCCACAACUGGCAUUCGGGCCCCAUCAAUUGCUACGAGUGUUCCACACUCGAUGAGUGCUCUGCAGGAUCUGGAGCCCUGCGAAAAUGUCUGGGUAACGAUGGCCAAAGUUGUGUGGCCAUCUUCAACAGCGAUGGUGCUGUGAUUGAGAGAGGGUGCAGCGACAACUUAGCAUCCGUUUGCACGGAAAGCGGCGAUAAUUGCUAUGAGUGCCGAUCCCACGGAUGCAACUCCCUGAAAAGCAAGGAGAAUUUGCUGGAUUGCGUGGUUUGCGAUGCCCAGAGCGAUGAUAACUGUGUCUUCGACAUUGAACUUGUGACCGAGAGAAGGAAGUGCAACCAACAAUGUAUUACAGCACUUUACCCCACAAAUAGUGAAGUGGGUGCUCCGUUGGAAUUGGUUCGCAGUUGUUUGGAUGAUCUGGAUCUGGACGAUCGAGAGGCCUGUUCCGAAGGAUCCCUCGAAAACUGCGUUGCCUGCAGUACGGCAAGCUGUAACACAGUGGAUUUGGGUGUCCGUGGAAGCUGUAAUGUCUGCAAAGGAGAUUGCAGCAAUCCCCAAUCGAAAACCUGCCGAGCUGUCCCAUCUGGGAAUAAGCCAGAGAGCUGCUUCAUCGAAAUCGAUGCAUCCGGAGCUAUCUACGAAAUGGGAUGCCUAAGUCAAUACAAUGUGAGCGAUGUUACCCUCAUGGAAACCAACAAGCAGUUGUGGUACUGCACUGGUGACAAUUGCAAUGUGGAAUCUGCUCUGGCAAAACCACAAACAUGCAAGCUGUGCAGCUCCCGGACGGAUGAGGAUUGCGCCGUGGCCCCCGAUAAUGUGGAAACGAAUACGCUGUGCGAAAGUCUCGUGAACACCGAUUGCUAUUCAAGGAUCCUGGAAAAUGGACACACGGAGAGGGGCUGCCUGACCAGCUUGGAGGGUGAGGAUUACCUGGACUGCCUCAAGGACAGCAAUAGCACCAAGUGCAGCAGAUGCACAGGAGAGUUGUGCAACGAGCUGCUCCAACCCACGGAGCGACUGAGCUGUCAGAUUUGCGAUUCCGGUAAAGAUGCCUCCUGUGAAGGAACGCCCUCCGCCUCUGCCCUCUGUCUUCUGCACACUCCCAACCAGCAGUGCAUAACUGUUAUAGAUCUCUUGGGUAACACUCAACGUGGAUGCAGUGCAUCCGUGGAGUGUGAGUCCAGUAACCCGAAAAAGUGUGAGGUCUGCUCUGGAGACGAUUGUAAUACUGGAAACCUGAAGAGGUUGGAAGAUGGACAGCCAGGGCUGUGGGGACAGAAUUUGCCUCUAAGCUGCCAGAGCUGUUCUGAUGCCACCAGUUGUGCCGCCAGUGAUCUUUCGAAUACAACCUGCUCAAGUAACUCCGACUAUUGUGUGACAGUAUUCGGUGCGAAUGGAUCUGUGUCGGCUAAGGGUUGUAGCCAGGAGGUUGAGCAGACCUGGGCCAGUUACUGUGAUGCCAAUGGCGGAAGCUGCCACAAUUGCAACUCCAAUGGAUGCAACAGUGCCACAUCCUUGGACAGCUACACCGAAUGCAUCUACUGCGACUACGAGAACGAAGAUUGUGCCACCAAUGCCGCAAACGUAAAGUCCCGCCGCCUUUGUAAUGGCCAGUGCUUUACUGGUUCCCGCAGGAGAUCCAGUGAGAACUUCAUUUUCGACACUGUGCGAGGAUGUUUGGAUGACAAGGAUCCGGAGGAUCAGGCAGCCUGCAUUGCUGGCACCGAUACGGCAUGCAUAGCCUGCUCCGGAGCCAACUGCAAUGUGGAGAACAUAUCCGAAAUCUCACAGUCCUGCUACAAAUGCUCAGGAUCCGAUUGCGAUGACCCGAAGGCCAGCAACUGCAGCCAGUACAGUCCCGAUGAUCGUUGCUAUAUCCUCUUCGACUAUAAUGCAGAUAUCAGGGGCAUGGGCUGCCAGUCCGAUUUGGAUGAGGAGUAUGUGGAUGAAAACUUCCACUCUCUCCUGUUCUGCGAUGACAACGACUGCAACUUCUUCGAUAUUCUACCAACCCCACACGAGUGUAUCGUCUGCGAUUCUUCUGAAGAUCCCAACUGUGCUACGGAUCCUUCAAAAAUCACAUUAAUUGGAAAUUGUGGAGUCCUACCGUAUACCAGCUGUCAGACACGCAUCAUAAAUGGCAGAACUCAGCGUAGUUGCCUGAGCAGCUUAGAACGUGAGAAUUUGCAGGAGUGCCUCGAUGGAACAGGAAACUGUGUGGUUUGCACUGGCGAUCGCUGUAACGUCGAUAUAUAUCCCGCGGAUCGUCGUCGUUGUCAGCGCUGCAACUCAGUCACCGAUCCCACGUGCUCAUCUGCUCCCGAUGCAUCCGAGGUGUGUCCCUACUAUCUGGAAAACGAAGGAUGCAGUGCCAAGUUGGUGGAUGGAGAAACCUAUCGUGGUUGCCAGCGGGAGUUCACCUGCGACGAUUCCGACAAGCAGCACUGCCGUCUGUGCUCAGGCAAGGACAAUUGCAAUGUGGCGGAUCUGUUCAACUCCAACAUUGGAUAUCCGAGCAAGUGGCUAACUCCGCCAGUUAAUUGCUAUUCCUGCAACGGCACCGAUUGCCAGGGAGCCAGCUCGGGCACCUUACGCAAGUGUACUGGUAAUGAUGAGCAGAAUUGCGGCACCGUUUUUGAUGCCUCUGGUUCGGUGAUCUUCCGUGGUUGCUCGGACACACUCUACGAGGAUGCUGAGCUGCUUCAAUACUGCGAUGAAAACUCGGCCAACUGCAAGUUCUGCAAGUCCAGCGGUUGUAAUAACGCCAAGGAGUUGAGCACCUAUGUGGAUUGCCUGUUCUGCGAUGGAAGCGAUGAGGCCGAAUGCGUCCGAAAAGUGGGCGAUAUAACCCGAACUUUGUCCUGCCAGGGCAGCUGCCUAACUGGCCUGUAUCCCCGCAAUCGAUCGGAGGCCAAUCCUGUUUACGAUCUGGCUCGCGGCUGUUUGGACGACCUCGAUUACGAUGAUCGUGAGGCAUGCUCUGCCGGAACCCUGGAGAACUGUGUUUCCUGCUCGGGCGCCACGUGCAACAAAGCUGAUGUUCCCGAGGAUCGUCUCAGCUGCAAUGUCUGUGAGGAUGCCGCCUGUGAAACACUUACCAGUAAACUUUGUUUGGGAUAUCGAUCCGGAGAUCAGUGCUAUAUACAUGUGGGCGAUCGCGCUAUCAAGGCCAUGGGUUGUGCCACCGACUUGCAGGAUUCGUUCCUGUUAACCAAUCGCAGGGACCUCUAUCUCUGCUCCGGCGACGAUUGCAAUACAAAGGAUAAGCUGAAUUUGAAUGGCGUUUCGUGCAAGGUCUGUAAUUCUACUUAUGAUGAUGGAUGUGUUGCAGGAGUCACGGUCUCGGCUACUGUUUGCGAACACUACAUCAAUCCCGAGUGUUAUAGUUAUCUGAAUGAGGAAGGCGUUUUGCUGCGUGGUUGCCUUAUGGAUACCAAUGAUGAACUGUUCGAUGAAUGCUCCAGCGCUGGCAGCACCAACUGUACCAUUUGCAGCACGAAUAAUUGCAACAACGACGUGUAUCCCUCAAAUUGGCUGACUUGCUUGCGUUGCGACUCCGCCAGCGAUGCGGAUUGUGCCCUGAAUCCGACGAGCUAUUCGAGCUACUGUCGCACCUAUUCCGAGGAUGAUGCCUGUGUGACUUCUCUGUCCAACGGUCGUACCCGUCGUGGCUGCCAAUCGGAGCUGAAUUGCGAUGCAUCUCAGGCGGGUAGCUGCCGAGUGUGCUCCGGAGCCAACUGCAACACUGUGGAUCUUCAGUCGAGCUACGUUGGUGAGCCAGGAAAGUGGACGGAUCUUCCGCUGAGCUGUCACGUUUGUAGCGAUGCAGCCAGUUGUGCGUCAGUGGGUACGGAAACCACGAAGUGUGAGGGUAACAACAAGCAGACGUGCUCGACGGUUUUCAAUUCCGAGGGUCAAGCGGUGGCCAGAGGAUGCAGUGACGCUGUCUUGGCUGCCAACUUGGACUACUGCGAUUUGAACGGAGACAAGUGCGUACAGUGUAAGUCGGAUGGAUGCAAUAAUGCCGUCUCCUUCGACUCCUAUGUGGAUUGCUACUUCUGUGAUGCCGAGGAUGAUGUGAACUGCGCAUGGGAGAAGCCAGAAAGUACCAGAAAGUGCCAGGGUCAGUGCAUGACGGGAUUGUAUCCUCGCAGCUCAUCCUGGGACUCCGCACUGCUGCCCACUCGCGGAUGCCUGGACGACUUGAAUGAAGCGGAACGAACAUCCUGCGCAGCGGGAACUCAUUCCAAUUGCACCGCCUGCACUGGAUCGCUCUGCAAUGGAGAAGAUGUCAUUGCGAAUCCCCUGGAGUGCUACACUUGCAAAGACCCGUUCUGUGAAGACCCGACAACAGCGAAGUGUGUGGCCUACCGGGAGAAUGACCAAUGCUAUUUGGCUUACGACGACUCUGGGGUGGUGGCCAUGGGCUGCGCCAGUGAGUUUGAAAAGCAAGUUAUCAAGGAGCUGGUGGCCCAGCAACGUUUGCUUCUGUGCUCCGGACAAAAGUGUAACGAAUACAGCAUUACACCCGAUCCCAACACUUGUCUGCAAUGUACCUCUACGGAUGAUCCUCGAUGUGCCACCAACCCGAACCAGUUGACCACUACCAAUAUUUGUUCCCAGAUUCCCUACACAGAGUGUGUUACCCAGAUUGAUAGUCAGGGUAACACCAUUCGUGGUUGCAUGUCCAGUUUGGGUGGAGACGAUUUCUACGAGUGUCUCACUGGCGAUGGAAAACUCUGCGAAACGUGCACUGGAGACCGUUGCAACGGCUUAUCCGUAUUCCCCGCCGAACGUAGGAAGUGUUAUCAGUGCGAUUCCACCAGUGACCCCAACUGUGCCGCCUCACCAGCUACUCUUACAAGCACUGUGUGCCCCAUUUACUCCCAGGACGAGUCCUGUGUAACCACAUUGUUGAAUGGCAUUACGCACCGAGGAUGCAGUUCGUCACUCACCUGCUCAGAUCCCUCCGAUUCCAGGACGUGCCGCGUCUGCAGUUCCGCCGAUGGUUGCAACACCAUUAACCUUGAGAAAAUUGGCGAGGAUGGCUUGCCUGGAGCAUGGCAAGAGGUCCCCAUUGAGUGUCUGGCGUGCUCGGGAACAGAUUGUGCUUCUGGUGGAGGUACCCUAACGAAGUGCUCGGGAUAUGAUAACUGUGUGACCGUGUUCAGUGAUUCCGGUUCAGUUACUCAAAGAGGUUGCUCAGAGUCCGUCUUCGAGGAGUCCGACUACUGCGAUGAAAAUCCCGCCUACUGCCCCCGUUGUAAUUCCAAUGGCUGCAACACUGCCGACUCCCAGGAUAAAUAUGUGGAAUGCAUCGUUUGUGAUUCCAGUGUGGACUCGAAUUGUGUUAGUGAUCCCACACAGAUCACGAAGACACGCCAGUGCCAUGAACGUUGUGUCUCUGCCUUCUUGCCCCUCUUCAACGAAACUGAGGAUCCCAGCUAUGCGCUAAUCCGCAAUUGCUAUGAUGACUUGGAAAAGGAGGAUCGUGAUGCCUGCACAGCCGGUAGCAAGAGGUUCUGCGCCACUUGUGAAGGAGCCAAGUGCAAUUCCGAGGACUUAGUGGCCAGCCGGCAUAGCUGUUUGGUAUGCCAGGGAGAUGAGUGCCAGAGUCCAAAAGCUAGCAGUUGCUCCAAUUACAGGGAGCACGAUGAGUGCUACAUUCAGUUCGAUGAGGAGAGGUCGAUCACCUCGCUCGGCUGUCUGAGUGAAUUGAGUCACGACGAUAUCUAUCUGCUGAAGCGCUCCAAGAGAUUGCUGACUUGCAGCGAUAACGAUUGCAACACCAUUGAAUCCGUGCCAGAAACUCAGACUUGCACUCUGUGCAGCUCGCGUACCGAGGCCAACUGUGCGAUAAGUCCCAUAAGUGUCGUUUCAUCCACAGAUUGUACCUUGGGUGGCUUCCCUGAAUGCUAUUCCCGUGUCCUGUCCGAUGGUAGCACAGAGAGAGGUUGUCUCUCCAGCUUGGAGGACGACGACUUCCUCUCGUGCUACAACAGCACCUCUGCCUCGUGCAACUCCUGCCAGGGAAAUAAGUGCAACCAACUGGUUUACCCCAGUAAUCGCCGAUCCUGCCACGUCUGCAACUCCGGAACGGACGCCAAUUGUGAAAGCAACCCCAGUAGCCUUACCGUGUGCUAUCUGUACGAUGCAGAUGACCAGUGUGUGACCAAUCUGAGGAAUGGAGUGACCUACAGGAACUGCGCCACCUCGCUUAGUUGCGAGGCGAAUGCCAAGACCUGUGUCUACUGCGAGGGCGAUGGAUGCAAUCAGAUCGAUUUGGCCGCCAAGUCCGAUGACAAUAUUGGAAAGUGGCAAGAUCUUCCUCUGGAGUGUCUUACCUGCGAGGGUACCGGCUGCCAGGAGGAGGAGAUUGCCUCGGUCAAGUGCCAGAACAACAACGAACAGGACUGCCUGACAGUGUUUGGAUCAGAUGGAGCCGUGACCAGACGCGGCUGCCAGGAUGAGGUCGAGGCGGAUGCCACCAUCUCCACAUAUUGUGGUACCAACGCCGGCAGCUGUCCUUCUUGCAAGUCCAACAACUGCAACAAUGCCACUGCCCUGAGUCAGUACACCACCUGUAUUUACUGCGACUCCUACAAGGAUUCCUCCUGCUUGUGGGAUCCUACAAGUGCCAGCCACAGAACUCGUCAGUGCCAGGGCCAGUGUAUGACUGCUCUGUAUGGCAGCGCAGAUGCUGGCUUGGAUCUCAUCCGAACCUGUUUGGAUGAUAAGGAGGCGUCUGACCAGCUGACCUGUGCCAACGGCUCUGAUUCCACCUGCGCCGCCUGCAGCGGUGACUCCUGCAACGUCCAGAGUUUGCCCGAAGACCGCCUGAGCUGUUACACCUGCGAGGGCGACGAGUGUGAGGAUCCACAGCCCAAGACCUGUGCCAUCUACAAGCCCGAGGAUAGCUGCUUCCUGUGGGUGGACGAAGAGAACGAUCUGAAGCAACUCGGCUGCCUGAGCUCCUUCCGCAACCAGGAUCUGGAGGCCAUUAUCAAGACGAAGCGCAUUUCCGUCUGCAAUGGCACCAACUGCAAUGUUCCCCAACUCCAGUCCCCCGUGCGAUGUGCCGUCUGCGACUCUCGCGAGGAUUCCUCUUGCGCCACCGAUGCCCAGGCCAUUGGAACCUUCAGCACCUGCAGUCAGUUGCCCCACACAGGAUGCUUCACCAGAUUGGAGAAUGAUGGUUCAACCCAACGUGGCUGCCUGUACGAUCUCGGCCAGACUGAUUUUGCCUCGUGUCUUCUAGGAAGCGAUGCCAACUGUACCGUGUGUUCGGUCGAUGGAUGCAAUCGUGAGGUCUUCCCGGCUGAUCGCCAAGUGUGCUACUCCUGCACCUCUGCGGAUGACUCCAGUUGUGAAUCGGAUCCCUCGUAUACCUUGGCAUGUCCGUGGGUCAGCGACACUGAGACAUGCAAGACCCUUCUUUCCGGAAAUGUCACAACCCGCGGUUGCAGCAGCAUCGUCGAGUGCGAUUCCAGUGACUUCCGAAACUGCCGCAGUUGUUCAGGCAGCGAGUGCAAUGCCAUCGAUUUGGCCAACCGGGUGGACGAUGGUCAGCACGGUUUGUACCAGGACUUGCCCCUAAAGUGCCACUCUUGUGUGGGCGAACACUGUCUGAGUUCGCUGGGACCUGCGGUUACUUGUUCGCUGAAUCCCGAGCAGGAUUGUAAGACUGUCUUUGAGGCUGAUGGCGUGUCGGUGAGAAGGAGAGGUUGCUCAGACGAUGUGGAUGACUACGAGGAUCGCUAUUGCCGAAAGAAUCCUGCUUUGUGCUUCACCUGCAAGUCGAACGAGUGCAAUGACGCCUGGUCCACGGAGGAGUAUGUGAGCUGUACCUUCUGCAAUUCGGCCAACAGAUCGAGCUGUAUCACCGAUCCCAAGGAAUCCGACCUGAGCAAGCGCAGUUGCAAGGGUCAGUGCUUGGUGGCUCUGAUUGGAGAGGAUUUGAUUCGAUCCUGUUUGGACGACAAGGAGCUGUAUGACCGCUCCGAUUGCAGCACCGACGAGAGUGGUACUAACUGUGCCACCUGCUCCGGCGCAGAAUGCAAUACCUUCUCGUAUCCGGCUGAUCGACUUAGUUGCCACACCUGCUCGGAUGCCACAUGUUCGAGCAGCCAGUCCCAAGCCUGUUUGGCCUACAAAACGAAUGACUACUGUUUCGCCAAGUACGCCACUGAUGGCAAGGUGGAGCUGAUGGGUUGUGCUAGUAGCCAGAAUAGCUCCAGCUUGGAGCAGUGGCAGGAGGGCAAUCUGUUGUACUCCUGCCAGGGCAGCGAGUGCAACGAACUGAGCCGACUGCCCGCGGAAGGAGAGUGUCUGUCCUGUGAUUCCAGCAAGACCUUGGAGUGCGCCCAGGAUCCCACAGCUGUGCUGACCACCAUUACCUGUCAUGCCCCCAACUCCGAUUGUAUCACUCGUCUGGCGAACGGACAUACGCACCGUGGAUGCAGGAGUGAACUGAGCUCUACCGAAAGCAGCAGCUGUGUGGCGGAUGGCACCUGCUCCGCUUGCUCCGGAGCCAAGUGCAACGUCGAGAUCUUCCCCAACAAUCGACGACGCUGCUACAUCUGCAACUCCAUUGAUGACCCACUUUGCGCCCAGCAUCCCAGCAGUUUGGCCGUGUGCCCAAUUUACGAGGCAAACGACGUAUGUGUCACAUCCUUCAACAACGGUCUCCUGCGGCGCGGAUGUGCCAGCGAAUUGGAGUGCGAGAUCGACAAUGAGGAUCACUGCAACAAGUGUUCCACGGAUGGUUGCAACACGAUCGAACUUACGGGUUCAGCCGGCGGACUGUCCGGAUUGGGAUUGGGUCUCACCCUCAUCGUCGCCUGGCUGAUCAGCUCAACUCAGCGACUGUAGGAUAUUUCCUAAGAACAAAAACCUUCCAGUUCCAUUUCCGCCAUCUAGUUAAGUAGAUUUAUAUAGAGUAUGCUUAUGUAAUUAGAUUGCUGUGCUGAGCGCGAUGGGUCGUUUGGACUCGUCGCUCGAUCUACCAACGAUUUGUAAAUAAACCAAACGAUAAUAUCGA